UUGGUCGUCUCAGUGGCAACGCCCUUAAAUAUCGCGUGUGUUUGGGUUUGAGUGAGUAUGAGGUCGGAAGUAUUCCUGUAUGUACCAAAUAUAAUCGGGUACUUCAGGAUUAUAUUAUUGCUGACUUCUUGGGGCUUCCUCAGCUAUCCCCAAAUAUUUCUGCCCUGUUACUUAUGGUUCGUAAUUCUUGAUGGCUUGGAUGGGUAUGCAGCCCGCUAUCUUGGGCAGGUUUCAGAAUUCGGAGCCUGGUUAGAUGUUGCUAUUGAUAAUCUGGGAAGGGGAAUGCUGUGGAGUGCACUAUUUCAGGGUGGCUGUUUCAUUUCAGCCUUAGAAUGGUGUGUCUUUGUCUGUACCCACAGCUCAAUGGGUGCCGAGUGGAAGAGCAGAUUUGUGAGCAGCCCCUGGUGGGUGCACAGAGUUAUGGCAAAUGGUUUUAAAACCACUCUUGGUGCGUUUGUGAUUGCUGGACUCCAUCUGCUGCCUGUUUGGUUAUAUUCAUUUUUCACAGGAGUGUUGACAGACCCCCUUUACCUACCUCAUAUACUGCAGUGGGUUGGAAUUGUUGUUCUUUCUGCUGGCAGGCUAUGGUGCCUGGCCAUUGAGAUUUGGUGCAUUUGGACACAUAUCAAGUUCCUUACAAGAUAACAAAGCAUCAGCGUACAUCAGAUUUAUUUCCAGACAACAGAGUCAAUUUUUGAGUUUACCAAACGUCAAAUAGCUGGAAAAGCAUAUUUCAAAAUAAAGCUUGUAACAUCUCUGACCAUAUUAUAGUGCUCAACAUAACUGAUGUCCAACAAGAAUGUACUGUAGUUCCUACCCAUCAGAACUUUAAAGUUCAAGGGAAUACGGUGACACUGAAGUCAAGACUUUGUUCCAGUGCCACAUUUGCAGAGAAUCUGCAUAAUUGCUUGACAGGUUUACAAUAUUAAACGUUUAAAUGGUUUAUGUUGUGUAUUUUUAGUUAUG